AUGUCGAGAUGCCUGCGGAUAUUUGGAGCCUACUCCUUCAGGUUGACAAGGAAACACUCGACAAUAUUUCUCGGAAUUUUCUUCACACUCAGUGUUACUAUAAUCCUGCAGCUGUACGCAUACAGACACCACGAGCACCCACACCCACCUCGCAGUGUCGGUGACUUUAACUAUAGUCCAGGCGCCUUCUUGCGAGGUCGACAGCCCGGAAACUUAAGUUACUGUCUCUUCAACUAUGGCCUUCCUAAUCGUCUCAAAUGGGGCAAAUUCAAAGUAUUGCCGUCCCCAGAAACUGGAAGCAGGAGUAACUAUAGAGUCAUAUAUAACGCCAUUCAAAGUAUCCUGUAUUUAAACGUCAGCCAUGUUGAUGCAGUGACGUAUGUCACUCAGGCGACACCAGAAUUCCUGUACCAUGUCGUGGAAAUAGCGAAGUUUUGGGAUGGUCCCAUUAGCCUCGCCGUGUACACACCUAAAUAUGACUUAGAUAUUGCUAUGCAGAUAUUAAACCAUCUAUGUCACUGUUAUCCGUUAAUGGCUAAAGUUUCGGUCCAUUUCUUUUACCCAAAACGCGCAGUACCAAAGUUGAGAUCAUUGAAGGAAAUACGGAUGUCUUUAACUACUGUAUCAACGCCGACAUUGGAAACGUUCAAUUUGAGUACUACAGAACUGCUGCGACGUAAAUUGGAGAAUUACCACAAUUUGAAUAACAAUACUAGAGCACAAUACAUUCAGAAAGCGAGAAAGAACAAAAUUGAACGCAUGACGAUGAAGAUUGCAGGUACUAGACCCCAACCGCCGACUAUAAAAUUCGAAGACUGUUCUAGCUCAGGUUCAGAAAACGUGGAAACGUACAGAAAGGCAAAAUUAAUGACAUAUCCAAUUAACGUCGGUAGGAAUGUUGCAAGAAAUGCAUCAACGACCAAUUAUUUCUUAGUGUCAGAUAUAGAAUUGGUGCCAAGUAUUGGUUUGGCGAAAAAUUUCUUGAAAAUGAUUAGAAAAUUGAUGGGUGAUGAGAAAAGGGAUUCUGGUUGUGUGUUUCCGAAGACAGUGUUUGUGGUGCCAUUGUUCGAAGUGGAGAGAGGGGAGCAAAUACCUCACACCAAAAGAAAGUUGAUACAAAUGAUAUUUACGAAUCGGGCUACGUACUUCCACCAGCACAUCUGCCCUCAUUGCCAGCGGUUCCCAGGACUUCAGACCUGGUUAGUAAGGCCUGCGCGUAAUGUUCUUGAGCCAAUGUUGAUAGCAAAGCGGGAAUAUCCAUACCAUAGAUGGGAACCUCUUUACUUUGGCACCAACAAAGAGCCUUGGUACAGCGAGUCUCUGUCUUGGGAAGGCCUCCAGGACAAAAUGACGCAGAUGUUGGAGAUGUGCCUACAACGAUACCGAAUGGUGGUCCUCGAUGGAGGAUUUCUCUCUCACGCAGCAGUAACAAGAUCAAAGAAACAUCGUAUAAGAGCUGAACAAAUGAACUUGGUCGGCAAACUAACAGACGUAUUACCUGAUGGUAAGCAAUCGGCGCCGCCCAUGGAGAUCCCCAAUACCAGAGGAGUUACGAGUGCAUUGACGGCCUUUUUGCUGAUCCCUAAAGCUCUGAAACCUCAAAACGAGGGAGGGAAAGGAGUGGGUCUCCGGUAA